AUGACAUCGUCCGCAUAAAAUUUGUAAUUUUUUUUAAUUUGAUACGGUUAUUUUAUAAAAUCGAAGAUUUUUCUUCACAAAUGUGCAUAAAAUUAUGAGACUGUGGAACAAACAGAUACCCACACAAAAUGGCAAGAUGUCGGCGAAGGCGAAAGAUGUGCAAAACCCAAUGCCGUAGCAGAUCUGGGCGGUUCAAACGCUGCCGGUGUGGUGACCGCCACUACAGAGUGCGGCAGUGCGGCUGCAGAAGUCGGAGACGGUGCUCGCGCCGCCGCCGCAGACGCCCCGGACGCCGGCCAGGCAGACCACGUUACCGCUGGCGCUGCCGCUCCCGCUCCGGCUCGUUCAAACGUUGCCGGCGCUGCGACAGGCGCUACAAGCUGCGCAAGCGCUCCAUGUCGCCGUGAGGUACUUUUUUAUGGUGAUUAAAAUUUUAGUGCUUUUUGAA